CCCAUCCAAUCCAUCCAUCAAGCAUUCCAUCAAGCAACAUGCCUUGGCUUCAGUGAAACUCUUGGCCCUUGGGCUCCUCCCUUUUGGGCUGCCCCCCUUAUCAGAUCAAAACCCGGAUCGUCUCUUGCCACUCGACUUCGUCCGUGCCGCGCGACCAGGCAUCAGUCCACUCGCCCAGCUUCAGACAGGCGGGAAACCACACGUUCAUGCAUCCUAGCCGAUGGCUUCCAUCUGCCUCACCCAACCACGCGGCUCCAUCAAGCCUUAUUCCGCUUUGGGUAGCUGAGGAGCCACCCUUUGGGCUGAUCUGAAGCUCUUCACCUUAACAGUCUUGCUUCAGAAUCCUCGCCAAAUGGAAAGCCAGGGCGAUACGCGUCAUGCCCUGACCACUCUGCUUCGUCCUGGCCCUGUCCUGUCUCCUCCAGCGAGCCUUUGUCGGAGUCCUGGAGGGUGGGAAACACCGAUAGAGAGAAAGGGAAAAAGUAUAAAGGUACCUGUGAGAAGUUGUCACUCGUUCACAUCUGCUUCAAGCAUUCGAGCCGACUGUGAAUUUUCAAGUGAAUCAAUCUCGUGUCCCGCUCAGCCUCCCGCUUCCUCGUUUCACUGCCUCCAGACUUACUCGGAAAUCCAUCUCCCAUCUCGUCAGAGAAAGGAUCACAGCAACACAACAUGGCCUUGCACAUGCCAACCCUCUGGGCGCCCAAUCUCUUCUAUGUGGCCUCGUCCAUCCUGAUUGGCUCCACCAUCGUCACGUACCUCCUGAAAUUCAUCAGAUUCGACCUCAAGCCCUUUCUCUCCACAAAGCCCGGCAAAGCCCUCGAGGCCAGCCUUCAGACAGCCUUUGAGCGUUUCCUCAACAUCCUAUCCGUCUCAGAUCCUCUCAGCCCCCCAUCAAGCCCAACGACCAUGUCUUCGCGAGGCUACUUGGAAAGCCUUCCCCACCGCCGAGGCUCUCGCCCCGAGGUUGAAGGCAUCAGCAGCCCCAUCCAGAAGACGCAACUACCUCCAUGGGAGCAAAAGGACGUAGACGACCGCCUCCGCAACCUCAUCAUCGACAUCCCAGAACGCUACCCCCAGUCCACCUAUCUAGGCCGCUCGACCUUUGAGCCCGAGUCUCCGACCUCGCUGUAUGCCCGCCACCGCGUCUUCAAUGAGACAAAGUAUUACGGAGAGAUCCUCAGCGCCAACACUGAAGACGGGUUCAUCCACUCCACGCUCCACCCCAGUGAUGUCAAGACUGUCAUCGAGAAGGGCUGGGGUCAAAGACAUCCUCUGUCUGGCCGCGUUGGGUCUCGGUUCAUGCGCCUCUUCAAUGCGAACCAGCCGAGCCCCGUCGAGGGCUCUCAGGUUCUGCUCUACGCACCCCGCAACCAGGAAGACUUGGAGGCGAUCAAGGAUAUUAUCAACGCAGCUGUUUGGUGGGUCGGAGGCAUCGACAACAAAGUUGACGACGAGAACUUCUGAGCCAUGUAUGAAUGCCCCACGGAUCCUUGCGUGUGGAUUGCUAUGACAUGACUUUACGACGGGGUGGGUGGAAUCUUUCAGUCGAGGCGCGGGGUUCAUGAUACGGAACAAGCUUACUCUAUGGCGAUGGAAGGCGCAAGGCCAGGGAACGAGACCGAAAUGGAAAGGAAUUGUACUACAGCCAGAAUGUGAUACUGGAGGACACUUGAGCUCACGCGCAUGGAGCCGUCCAGGGUCUAUCGGCAACAAAACCAGCAAAGCCAAAUAGAUAGCUAGAAAAAAUGACAUUGCCUCUCACGGCGAACAACAUUGAAA